CGUGCGUUUUUUUUCGUGAGAGGAAAAUAGCGUAGAAACGAUGAGAAUGAUUGUGAUUUUAAUCACUACGUUGGCAAUUGUGCUUCAAUUAACAGCGGUUACACAAGCGGUGAAACAAGAAGACCAUUUUCAAGGCAUUGAAUGGCAAAAACUACCUUUCGAAUAUAUCAACGAAGACAAGACCGUCCUCGGAACUUGGAACGAAAAGGAAUAUGUGAUAAGGAUUCAAAUAUCGUCGCUGGAGCUGGAUAUGAAACUAGUUUUCCCCAAAAGCUCCAAAGAUUUUAACGGUCCACCUUUUGGGAAUGAUCCACCGAACCUUGGAAAGAUCCUUAAGUGCAAAGAGUUACCGGAAUAUCCUGUGAACAUGACAUGUUCUAAGUACCAGGUCUACAAACAGAAAGAACCAGGGUUUAUAACGCAGGUGGUAACCAUGACGGUGAAAAACGCGUGGAGCCCUAUGCUGACAACGAUGGUAAAAGCUUGGAAGACCUGCUUCAACGGCAUUGGAACAAUGGUUAAUAAGACUUGGAACGGACUAAAAAGGAUAGCAGAUUUGGAUGGUGAAAUGUUAAAAGGAAUAGUGAAUUGGUUCGGUAUUAUUUGGAAAGGAUUGAUGGAUUGCAUCGGUAAAAUUUGGAACGGACUGAGAGGGUUGGCGGAAUGGAUUUUUAUAACGGUGAUGUGGGCGGAUGAAUGUGUGUACAAAGGAAGUUUGUGGGCGGUCGAGUGGUACUGGGACAGUACUGAAUGGUUGACGGAGUUGGCUUGGAACGGAAUGGAAUGGGUAAGAGAUCAGACUGAUUGGUUGGCCGGCGUCGCAAAGGAAAAUGCAUCAUGGUUAGCUAAGAAAGCAUGGAUUGGAUUGAAACGGUGGGCCGAGUGGGCAUGGGGGGAGGCGAAACGGUUAGCGGACUGGUUAUGGACAGAGAUUAAAAGGAACUGUAAACCGUUUGAACCUGGGUUCGAGUGUGCUUUGGAGACAGUUGAAUUUCUCAUCAAAUUUUACAAAGAAUUUGUUCACGAACAUCUAUUGAAAAUUCAAGUCAAAAUUAUUAUCUCGAGCUGGCGUGAAACUGGUUAUACGAUAUUAGCCGUAUUGGUAAUGAACUGUGUGGCGGUGGCUGUUUACAAGUUGAUUUAGGGGCCCGUGAAGUUGAUCUCGCGAAGAUGGCAAGCUUACAAAGAAUGGAAAGAAGCUGAAGAAGCUUCCUGGAGAUUGCCACCAAGGCGUCAGUCUCAAUCAAACAAACGAGUCUGGGAAAAUCCCAAGAAGAAAAAGCUUUACAGGCAUAAAAACUAAAAGAUUCCAUAUGAUUUCAU